CGGGGUGCGGUGCCGUUCGCAGCCGCCUCAGCGCAGCGGCGGGGCGCGGGGGUGCCGUGCCGGUCCCAGCCGCCUCAGCCCAGGCACGAGGCGCGGAGGCUGCCUCGGCGCGGCCCUCAGCCACGGCCCGCCGACGUUAUGUUCUGUUUGGCCUGGCGGGCUUUGCCAACAGCCGCGGCCUGUGAUGGCGAUGAGGGCCUGACGACGCACGGGGCGGGCUGCAGAAGGAGAAGCUGCCGGUUUGUUGAGUGACGCGUGUUUGGGGAAGAAGCCCAUAGGUGCGAGGCCUCGCUGCAGGCCGCGAGUGGCGGUUCUGCCCCGGGGGGCUUAGGCCGUGACGGUAGCCAGCGGCUGCGGUGGCCGGGCUAAGUGAGCAGAGUCCAGCGGGGCCUCUCACCUUCAGCCCCCACGUUGGCAGCAGGAAAACCGUCUCCUCCUCCUGCUCCUCCGCCCCGAAGCGGAGCUCAAAGGGAGUGAAAGGGGUGUAGGGAUAGGGGUGGUCCAGGCAGCCAGACUUAACACGACCUGGCUGUAGCUGAAAACUUUGUUUUCUGUGGACUAAAAGCACCACUUGAUGACCUUUGGCUUAAAUGGUGCUACGCUUCCUUAGACUUUUCUUUAAAUGCAUUUCCUAAGUUUAAGGAAAAAGCUAUUUUCCCCCCAUGAGUACAGUUGAGCAGUAGAACAGGCAACCCAGAGAAGAUGGGGUGGGCUCCUUCUAUCAAGGUUUUAAAGACCUGACUGGACAAAGCAGCCUGGUCUUAUAGCAAACUGUCAUUUGAACUCUUGAGGCCCCUGCAUACCUAAAAUCUCCUCAGACCUCUGUAGUUUCUUUUUUCCUGGAAAGCUUUAUGCCAGUCUAGCAUAUUUGUGUGAUCCUUUUUUACCUCACUUCCACGACUGACACAAAGCAGGGAUUCCUAUUUUUUUGUCUUGGCUGAAUUCCACCAUGUUGAGAGGAGUCGCUUACGGUGCAAAAGAGACAUUUACUCUUCUUCUGACAAGACCUCAGUACUGUAACUUGGGCUUGAUUCUUCCAUCAGUAGGGACUGGAGUAGCACACAGAUUCCUAAUACGUUCCAUUUACACAACUGAUACAAAAUCAGGAGAAGAAAACGAAAAAACCAUUGAGGGGCUCCACAGAUUGGCAGUUGACAUUAAGAAAAUACGCAGGCUGAAGGAGUGGGUCCUUCUCCAGGACGUGGCCUAUGUUAAAGAAGUUACUGAUAUCUUACAAGAAAUGGGGGCAGACGAGGCUGCUGUAGCCAACAUUUUAGAACGCUGCCCUGAGGCAAUUCUUCAUACUCCUGCAGAGAUAAACUCUCAGAAAGCUCUAUGGCAAUUAGUAUGCCAAAAUGAAAAACAGUUGAUUAAAUUAAUAGAGCAAUUUCCAGAGUCUUUUUUUACUACUGAGUGUCAUGAGAACCAGAAGGCAAAUAUACUGUUUUUGCAAGAGUUGGGGCUUAAGAAUAACAUAAUCACCAGGUUCUUGACAAGCGCACCCAGUAUUUUCCUUAAUCCUGUUGAGAAAAACAAAGAGGUGAUAGAGACAUUACAAAGAAAUUAUUUAAGUUUAGGCGGUUCUGAGGCAAAUAUGAAGAUCUGGAUACUGAAGCUAUUGAGCCAAAAUCCAUUUAUUUUAUUAAAUACCUCCACAGCGAUCCAGGAGAGCUUGGAAUUUCUCCAGAAGAAUGAUUUCACCGACCACGAAGUUCUACAGCUGCUGUCCAAACUCAAAGGUUUCAUUUUUCAGCUUACUUCUAGUACCAUGCAGGAGAGCAUGCUUUUUUCCAAAAACAUCUUUAAGUGUAGCGACCAAGAAUUAAAACAGCUGGUGCUGAAAUGCCCAGCCCUUCUCUACUAUUCUGUUCCGGUUUUGGAAGAGAGAUUUGAAGGACUCCUGAAGGAAGGAGUUUCUGUAGCUCAGAUUCGAGAGACGCCAUCAGUGCUGGAGCUGACGACGCAGAUUGUUCAGUAUCGCAUUAAAAAACUGUCUGCCUUGGGACAUGACAUCAGGAGUGGGACUCUGGAGAGCCUGAGUGGUACUAAGAAAGACUUUGAAGUCAGUUAUGGUAAGAUACAAUCAAAGGAGGAGAGACCAAUUUUUAAUCCUGUGGCUCCCACACGCAUCAAAGAUUAACUUCAAUGCUGUGCUUUAUGCAAAAGAAAGUUCUCAAAGCAGGAGCUGUUGGUUCAUUGAGAAGAGCAGAAACAAAAAGGAGCCUCGACCAGACUACAGACUCACCCCGUCCUGUGUCCUGGCACAGGCCUUGGGCAUAAACUGCAUUGUACAAUUGUAGCUUUUUAAUGCUUGCAAACAACAUCAGAGACCUUGGUUAUGAUAAAGGUUGCCUCUUUUUCCCCUGGA